UCCACUCUCCUCUCGUUCAUCUCUCCCUCUUCCCGCAUUUUGCUUCUCUCCUUCAUCUGACCUGAUAAUCCAAAUCGAAACUCUAAUUCUGAUCAAAAUCCAUCCGAGCCGGCGCUAUAAGUUGACCUGUAGGUGCCAAGUCGUAGAAUCAGGGAUGGAGAUCUCAUGAGUAACGAGGACAUCUCCUUCAUCUCCAGAUCUCCUCCGUCUCGUUAAGUUUUUAAGGUUACUGGGAUCAAUCAGAUCGUGGGGGAUGGCAAACAAGCACGGGGAGUUUAACCAGAAGAUCGAUUACGUUUUCAAGGUGGUGUUGAUUGGGGACUCUGCAGUGGGGAAGUCGCAGCUGCUGGCUAGGUUUUCGAGAAAUGAGUUUAGCUUAGAUUCAAAAGCUACAAUCGGGGUGGAGUUUCAAACGAGGACGAUCACCAUUGAUCAUAAGACAAUCAAGGCGCAGAUUUGGGAUACGGCUGGACAGGAGAGAUAUCGAGCGGUGACGAGUGCUUACUACAGAGGAGCUGUAGGAGCAAUGCUAGUUUACGACAUGACAAAACGACAAUCAUUUGAUCAUGUAGUUAGGUGGUUGGACGAACUCCGUGGCCAUGCCGACAAGAACAUCGUUGUUAUGCUGGUCGGAAAUAAAUCUGAUCUUAGAACACUUCGUGCUAUUCCCACCGAGGAUGCGAAGGAAUUCGCGCAGCGAGAGAACCUUUUCUUCAUGGAAACUUCGGCUCUCGAAUCUACGAAUGUUGAAACUGCCUUCCUUAAUGUCCUCACUGAGAUUUACCGUAUAAUUGGUAAGAAGGCUCUUGUUGCCAAUGAGUCGGAGUCUAGUGGAAACUCAAGCCUUCUUAAAGGAACGGAUAUAGCUAUUCCUCCAGAGCCAACAGGAGGAAACAAGAGUUUAUGCUGUAUGUCUACUUAAGCAGUAAACCGUUUUUGUUUCUGCCAUUUUUCUGUUUUAUUAUUCAUGUUAUCGUAAAAAUUUUGGAAACUUACAAACGUAGCACAUAAUUCUCAUUUAUUUACAUAUCUCACUCUUAAACUUUCAUAUUUGCAUGCAUAGCACUUUGGUGGUAAUAGUGUUGUUUAUGACAUGAUAUUAAAGAUUCGAGUGUUUGUCUGUGUAAAUAUGGAAGAUUAAGGCGUGGGAUUUGUAAAUAGAUUAGAGUUGUGUGCUAUUUAUGUAAAUGCACCUAAAAAAUUGCUUCUGGCCUUCUAUUUGUAUAUUCUCCAAUGACAAAGAGGUGAAGAAAUCAAUGACAAUUUCAUUUGAAUA